AUGCAAGAAGACUCGGCACGUCACAGCCUCAAGACCGUACCACUGCUACCUGAAAGUAGAACUGGUAAAUCGGAACGACCUCCACUGCGGUCUUCGGCACAUCUACUUGCUGGCGCGAGUGGAGGGUUGGCCACCGCUAUUCUAACUUCUCCACUCGAUGUGUUGAGAACACGGCUUCAAUCCGAUUACUACCACCUCCUCUCCCGUCCGAUCCAAGCAGCCUACCCUCCGUUCAAGCCCGCAUCCACUCAUCUCCUCGGCGCCUCGUUACGCCACCUUCGCGAGACUGUCCAGAUCAUCAAUUCCAUUCACUAUACCGAAGGCUGGCGCGGCUUCUUUCGCGGUCUUGGGCCAAGUUUAGCAGGCGUGGUACCUGCCACCGCAAUCAAGUUUUACGUGUAUGGCAACUGCAAACGGCUUGGAGCAGAUAUACUAAAUUGUAGGGAGGAUGCAGCAAUAGUUCAUGCGCAAGCUGCUGUUGCAGCAGGUAUCGCGACUGCGACUGCGACAAAUCCUAUUUGGCUCCUGAAAACUAGGCUGCAGCUCGAUAAAUCGCGGACACAAGCUGGCGGUGAUACGGCUCGCCAAUAUAAGAACAGCCUCGACUGUGUCCGACAGGUUCUGCGACAGGAGGGUAUUGGAGGUCUGUACCGGGGCUUGAGUGCGAGCUAUCUAGGCACUGUUGAGACGGCGUUGCAUCUCGUCCUCUAUGAAAGACUCAAACUAUUAUAUAGUGGAGCUCUGGGAGGAAGCCAUAUGCGAAAUAGGACAGCCUGGGACGAACUCGCAAAGUGGAUUAGCACUAGUGGAGCUGCGGGAUCAGCGAAGUUGGCUGCUGUGUUGAUCACCUACCCUCAUGAGGUAGUUCGGACAAGGCUACGACAAGCGCCGAAGGAGAAUGGGAUUCUAAAGUACGUUGGCCUCUUGCAGUGUUUCCGGUCAAUCGGCAGACAGGAAGGUUUGGCAGGGCUGUAUGGGGGCCUAACACCGCACAUCAUGCGAGCUAUUCCAUCAUCUGUAAUUACUCUAGGAAUGUACGAGUUUGUGUUGAGGUUAGUUGGAUCAUGACCUACAAAGCUGAGGAUAAUAAUUCUGUAAAUUAUCUGUACAAUAAUGAUGUAAAGCAUCUUUCAGGUACGAG